GGUCUCAUAAUCCAGAAGGAUCCUGUAAACCAGUCCUGGUAGGAACCAGAUUUAUCUGCAAGUGUGCAACGAUCCAAGGAGGAAAUAUCAAAACAAGCACACGUUUGGAUCCCAUCAGCUGGUAAACAGCGAGACCUUCUUCUGGUCGUGAAGGGGGCAAACAGAAGCAACAGGACGGACAGCAGCUGAGGAACAUGGCACUCCUGAAGUCAGGGUGGCUCUGGAGACAGACUGCGGUGCUGAAACGCUGGAAGCUCAACUGGUGUGACCUCUGGAUCGAUGGGAGUCUGUGCUUCUACAAGACUGACAGCAGGCGGGAUCUGGAGCUGCGCGUCAGCCUCAAGAUGAAAUGUAUCGACGUCCGGUCUGGCCUGGAGUGUGGAGGGGUGAAUCCACCAGAGAGCAGUCCCAGGGAGAAUCUGAUGGUGCUUCACUUCAGAGACGGUUCAACGCUCAACCUGUGUGCCAACAGUGAAGACGAGUCUCUAGCGUGGAAACUGACGAUGCUGGACACCAGGAGAAACCCGGUGUUCCAGUACGACCCGUAUGACGACUCCUACCAGGCCGUUCCUCUCAACAGCUACCACACCGUCUACAUAACUCCAGGAGCAGGUCCAGGAACUCACCAGGUGGUGGUUCAGAGGGAUCCAUUUGAUGGAGUUGUGGAGAGCGUGGCCCUGGGUCUGCUAGCGGGCGUGGCAGCAGGGGCCGCCAUGCGAUCCUUCCUCUGGAUGCCCCUCUUCUUCUGCUGAGAGGUUCGGCCCCCCCACGCCAAACCUGUAGACCUCGUUCACGUCACCUGACAUCGCAGACUCACUUGGAGGAUCCCGAUUACCUCUAAAUCCAAAGCAGCUGUUUGCGGCCUCUUUCUGCUUGUACAUAUCUGACAUCAUCACUUGUAAAGCCUGAAUUUUUCAGUGACAUUUUGCACAUUAUGAGCUGAAGAAUCAGUGUAGUUUGCAUUUUUGUUAAUCAGUACACUAGAAGUUGCUGAAAUAAAGCAUAACUUUGCUUCCUCCAUGAAAAAAAAACAAAAGUCUUAUUCUGCUUGGACACAAUCCAAAGGCGGCUGCAUCCUUUCAGCUGAUUGGCUGGAGCCUCUGGUGUGACGCGACCUUCGGCAUGAAAACCUGCGAAUGAAUGGUGCCGCACGAAUUUAACACGGAGCACUCCAGAAGAAAAAACACAAGCUCUACCUUCACAUGAGGUCGUUUUGUAGAAUUAUUUUCAGGGUCAAACAGCGAAGCUGGAGCGACUCCAUCACCAUGACAACGGAAAACUCCACAUGCAGAGGAUGAACACAGAGCAACACUUUGUUUAGAAAAUGCUUCAUUCUGGAUUUUAGAACGGCGCAGAACUGCAAUCCUGCAUCUUCAACGGCAUAAAAUACGAUCUUUUU